AUGAACUCGACGACACUCUCACGCGUCGCCGUCCGCCUCGGCACCGGCCCGCGGCCCUGGACGUGCUCGACUUGCCGAGGCCAAUUGGCCAGUUCCCGACCAUGCCUCGGCCCUUGGCGCCGAUUCUCCUCGGGCCCCGGUGCCGGCUCCGGUUCUGGCUCCGGCCAGCGGUCGUCUCGGUCGUCGCAGUCUUCCCGUGGUGGCGACGGGGCCAGGCCUGGGAGAGUGCUUCUGUACGCCUCGACGGGGGCCGCCGCCGUCGCCAGCACCGCCCUCGCCUUCUCCGACGACAUCAGGAGCAGCUACGAAGCCGCGGGCCGUACCGGUCGCGUCGUGGCGGCGCUCGGCAUCUGCAUCAAUGACUAUCGGACCACCCUGAACGCCAAGGCUGCCCUGCGGGAUGAGGAGGAGCAGGAGGCCGUCCUCAAGGCCUGCCACAAGCGCUGCGCCGAGCGGACGCUCCGCGUGCUGGAGAAGAACGGCGGCAUCUUCAUCAAGCUGGGACAGCAUCUGAGCGCCAUGAACUACCUCUUACCGCCCGAGUGGACGACGACGUUCAUACCCCUCCAGGACAAGUGCCCCGUCUCGUCGUUCUCGUCCAUCGAGGACAUGUUUCGCAAGGACACCGGCCAGGACCUCUGGGCCUACUUUUCCGACUUCUCGCCCGAACCCAUCGGCGCCGCCUCCCUCGCCCAGGUGCACCUCGCGACCGUCAAGGAGAGCGGCCGCAGGGUGGCGGUCAAGGUGCAGCAUCCGGACCUCGCCGCCUGGGCGCCGCUCGACCUCGCGCUGACCAAGUACACCUUCUCGACGCUCAAACGCUUCUUCCCCGAGUACGACCUCGAGUGGUUGUCGUCCGAGAUGGAGCUGUCGCUGCCGCUCGAGCUCGACUUCCAGGAGGAGGCGGUCAACGCGCGUCGCAUGAAGGCGCACUUUGCCAAGAUUCCCGAGCUGCCCCUCGUCAUCCCCGAGGUCCUCUGGGCCGAGAAGAGGAUCCUCGUCAUGGCCUGCGAGUCCGGCAGCCGGCUCGACGACCUGGCCUACCUCGACGGCAACGCCAUCGACCGCGACGAGGUCUCGGCCACGCUCGCCCGCAUUUUCAACGAGAUGAUCUUUGGCGACGGCGCCCCGCUGCACUGCGACCCCCACGGCGGCAACAUCGCGAUCCGCAGAAACGACGGCCGCCGAGGCCUCGGGCGCGGGCCCAACUUUGACGUCAUCCUCUACGACCACGGCCUCUACCGCGACAUCCCCCUCCCGCUGCGACGGUCGUACGCCAAGAUGUGGUUGGCCGUCAUCGACGGCGACAUGGGCCGCAUGAAAAGGUACGCCAAGGAGGUGGCCAACAUCGGCGACCGAGACUUCCCGCUCUUCGUCUCGGCCAUCACCGGCCGCGACUUUAGCGUCGUCAGCCGCUCGGGGUCCAUCCUCGAGACGCGCAGCGCCGACGAGGAGCAGACCAUGAGCGGCGCGCUGCAGGAGGGCCUCAUCGUCGACCUCGUCCGCAUGCUGAGCCGCGUGCCGCGCAUCAUCCUCCUCAUCCUGAAGACCAACGACCUCACGCGCAGCCUCGACGAGAACCUGCAGACGCGCCAGGGCCCCAUCCGCAGCUUCAUGAUCCUCGCCCGGUACUGCGCCCGGACCGUCUUCCGCGAGCAGCUCGAGCAGAUCCGCGCCGGGGGUUCGCUGCUAUGGCCUCGCAACGCCCUGCGCGUCUUUGCUGCCUGGCUGAGCUGUCUGCGCAUCGAGGUGAAGCUCGAGGCGUUCGAGGUGUCCCUGCGGCUGAAGCGCAUCUUGGGACGGCGGAGCACCACCUUUGGCGACGCAAUGCCUCUCCAAGGUUGA